AUGGAGCAUACUAAUAACUACAACAAUCGUACAACUUCCGAUCAGCCUGUUGGGUCAACGAAGAGACGUUCUUCCUUUGUUCCCCGGUUAACGUUGAUUGUGGUGAUGUUUUUCUUCAUACUAUGCUUGAUCAUCUUCAUUGCAUGGCUUGUCAUACACCCUCUUGAUCCUGCUAUUCGACUCAAUUCCCUAUCUGUCUCCAACAUCACAGUCUCUAACCCUCAAUUUGCUGCAAAUUACGACAUCGAAUUCACUGUGAAUAACACUAACAAGAAGGUCAACUUGUUCGUCGACCAAGUCGAAGUCAUCGUGAAUUAUAGAAAGGGCCUCCUUUCCAGUACUCAGAUUCUUGGAAAAGGUAAGUAUCUUGGAAAGAUGAGUGAGGCAAGGUUGAAGGUUGAGUUGGGAAGGGACGCGGUUUGUUCGUUGAAGGAUAGGGUUUUUAAGGAUAUAAGUGAUGAGUGGAGCACAAAGAUAGUAAAUUUCAAUGUCAAAUUGUCUAUCACUGCAGGAUUUGAAAUUGGUGUUCUGCCAACCAAGCAAAGAAUCAUGGAGUUUCAGUGCAUGAAUUUAACUGUUGAAUUCUUCUCUACAAAGGGGACAGGGAAGCUCAUGAGCGGAGGGAAGGAUUGCUUGGUUCAUGCCUGA